UUCCCUUCCCUUCCCUUCCCUUCCCCGCUGCGCUGACUGGCUGCUGCCGCCGCCGCCCGGCUGGCCCGGGCUCUGCCUCCCCGCUCGGCUCUGGUCUCUCCUUCCGCCUGUCUGUCUGCGUCCCCGGCGGCACCAUGUUUCGGUUCCUGCGGGGCGCGCUGCUCCCCGAGGCUGCCUGCGAAGAAGCCAACAAUGAUAGCUCCAGGUACGAGACCCUCUUCAAGAAGCUGGACCUCAAUGAAGACGGGAGAGUGGACAUCGCCGAGCUCCAUGUGGGCCUUAAAGCCCUGGGCAUCCCGCUGGGUAGAGAUGCAGAAGAGAAAAUUUUUAAAACUGGAGAUUCUAACAAGGAUGGGCAGCUGGACUUCAAAGAAUUUAUGCAGUAUCUUAAAGACCAUGAAAAGAAAAUGAAACUAGCCUUUAAGAGUCUGGACAAAAACAAUGAUGGAAAAAUUGAAGCAUCAGAGAUUGUCCAGUCACUCAAGUUAUUGGGUAUAAAUAUUUCAGAACAACAGGCAGAAAAGAUUCUACAAAGCAUCGAUGCUGAUGGGACAAUGUCAGUGGACUGGAAUGAAUGGCGGGAUCACUUUUUAUUUAACCCAGCAACAGACAUUGAGGAAAUAAUCCGUUAUUGGAAACAUUCUACUGUGUUGGAUAUAGGUGAUAGCUUGACUAUCCCAGACGAAUUUACAGGGAAGAGAAAAAGUCUGGGCAGUGGUGGAGACAAGCUGUUAUCAGGAGGAGUGGCUGGUGCUGUUUCUCGAACAGGUACAGCACCACUAGAUCGCCUUAUCAUGAUGCAGGUUCAUAGUUCAAAGUCAAAUAAAAUGAAUAUAUCAAGUGGCCUUAAGCAGAUGGUGAAAGAAGGAGGCAUCCGUUCCCUUUGGAGGGGAAAUGGUGUGAAUGUUAUUAAAAUUGCACCUGAAACAGCUAUUAAGUUCUGGGCAUAUGAACAGGCUUUGAAGACUGCUUGGCUAGAUCAUUAUGCAUCAGACUCUGCUAACCCUGGUGUCUUUGUGUUGCUUGGAUGUGGUACUGUCUCCAGCACUUGUGGUCAGUUAGCCAGCUACCCUCUUGCUCUCAUCAGAACUCGCAUGCAGGCUCAAGCACUGUUGGAAGGAGCCUCUCAGCUGAACAUGGUUGGACUCUUUCAAAGGAUAAUUGCUAAAGAAGGAAUCCUAGGACUUUAUAGGGGCAUAGGCCCUAACUUCAUGAAAGUGCUUCCGGCUGUCAGCAUCAGCUAUGUGGUUUAUGAAAAAAUGAAACAAAAUUUGGGAAUAGCAUGAAAAGAAGGAAAAAGCUGAUAAGCCUCUAGCCUUCCUCAGGAAUAUUCAAACCAAAAGGAUUUCUCAAAUAACUGAUUUGUUCUUGUUUAUAAUUGGGAGAACAGAUCACUGUGCAAAGAAGCUGUGGUUUUGUUUUCCCCCCCAAGUGGAAGGAACUUCCUUAGUUUCUAAACCCCAUCCCCAAACUGCUAUCAAUAUAGUAUGGAUUUAAAAUAAAAAAAAAAAACACACAGCAUCUUUAAAUCAGCUACAAGUUAAGACUAUUAGGAAACCACCUAUGGUUAGCUCUUGGCUCUUUUUUUUUUUUGUAAUUACUGCUCUUAAAUAUGCAUUUGAUUGGGAUGAAGCCACAUUUGGGAAAAGUGUAUACUGCAUUGGUAUUAAAAACACAGAUUUGUCACACCAUCUUAUACUCAAGCAAUUCACAGCUAUCCUUUUGCACUUACCAUCUGUAAAGGCAAUAUUGCUUUUUUGAUAACUGUUAAAAUAAGUCCUGGGAAAACAUUGCUUAGAGGCAGGUAAGACUAGAACACCACAUUAAACUUUGUCUCCUGAUAGCUUUUCUUUCAGGAUGACAAAAUGUUUGGAUUUUAUUCCUCUGUUUUUCCUCAAAGAAAUGAAAGUGCAAGGGGAUGUUGUUCUAUGGCAUCAGAAUACCUCAAACUGAGUUAAAUGCUAUGUUUUUAUGGUACAGUCACAAUGACUUUCAUAGCUCAUUUCACUGGGCUGCUUUCCCACUUAAUUUAUAAAUGCUAGCAGCAUUAGCCAAGAUUGCCUUGGUUCUUGAUGCAAGUUUUAUAGGAUCAUAAUAUCAACAGAAAAGAACUGCUGGAUCACUAAACUCCCUGCAAGUGCAGGUUACAGUUCCAGGAUAAAGGAAGUAUCUAAUAUAAAAUUGAUGCUGCAUUAGGUCUUGGCUGUAAUAAUUGGAGUGUACCAAAACAAGCAAGAUAGCAAAGAUCACAGGGCUGAUUAUUGGGAGGCUUUUGAAUGAUUUUUCUCAGUGGGGUUUGGAAUGCUGUCCUCCUCCUACUAGAGUCUGAGGACUCAUUUGUUUCCCCUUCAGAAUGGUUGCAGUUCAACAGCAUUCUUCUAUUUGAUAAUACUGGAGGGGUAGUUACUACUCAAGUGUGAGGCACUCUCUCUCCCCACCUACUGAACCUGAUGGGCUGAGAGCACUGGCUCAGGGAGUCAGACUGGGACCAGAAAAAUGAGAUGAGGGUUGCAGGACACCACAAUCGGAACAUUAAAGUGGCCCUUGGUUUUUAUAUUAAUGUGGAAAAAUACAAACAAAAGCACUCAAAGAGCCCAAGAACUCAUAUUUUGAUAAGUCAUUAUUUCACAGUUUCUCCCAUAUAUGGGAUGGAUAUUUUAAUGUACAGACACUUUGUAAAUGGCUUCCCAACUAAGGUAUACUUCAGUUGCUUGCUGGCCUGAACGCUGGCACAAAAUAACUGUUUUUGUAGCGUUAACUUGCACUAAUUCCAUGGGUGGGCAGACAGAAUUUGGCCUUAUGUAAGACACACACAAGGGGUAACCAUUUUUCAUUCUUGAUCUUAUAAAUCCUGUGAGUUAAUCUGGUGACGAUAUAAAAUGGCAGCUUUUUUUGGCUUUACCUUUGUUAACCUGCCCUCUAGUUUAUGCACUUCUUUUAGAAGCCAGAAUCUAUCGCUUUACAGCAGGUAUUAUGGUGCUUAUGUACAAUGUCUUUAUGAUCUGAUUGUCCAUGCUUUUUUGUCUUUACCAAUCCCUUUGUACCUGCAUAUGAUUCAUGGGAUCCAGUUUUGUUUCUCAAUUAUCCCUUUGACUGUAACAGAUAUAUUCUUUAUGCAAUGUAAAGAUGACCUAAGCAGCUCCUGUUGUGUAGCAGAGUCAGUCCAUUUUGUUAAUAUUUUGUAUAAGUGCCAAUAUGAGUGUUCAGUUAUGGUGGGGACACUUUCAACUGCCAAAGAACAUGAGACCAUUUGAGUUUUAACUUUUCACCAUGUGCCUCUGACGGGAUGUGUUCAAAUUAUGUAUUUAGUCUGUACUGAAAAAAGCUGAUCACUUUUAUAGAUCUGUAAAACUACCAGUUUAUAAUAAAUGUUUGUUUCCUAA